AUGGAUCCGAGUGGUUUUUCAGUGGUGGAUGGAUUUGAAGCCGUGGACCAUAAUGGUGUUGAUUCAAAUGUAGACUCUCUUGUUACUGAAAUUGAAGAAAGUGUACUGGUGUUAAACGGAGAUUUUGAAAAUUUUGAUGAUGAUUUGUGUAUGGAAGAAUUGAAAGAAGGAUUGAGUGGGAAAAUUGAGGGAAACAAUGUUAGCAUUUUGAAGGAUGAGGAUGUUGAAAUCGGAGAUGAAAUGGAGAAAUCUAGAACAGGGAACGGUCUUGUGAAGAAUAAGAAAGUGAAACAACCGAGUGUUAAAGGUGUUCAUAGAGGUUUGGUACGAAAGAACAGAGUUGGGAAAGAUGAAGAGGUGGUAGCAGCAUCUUCUGUUUCAAAUGGUACCUCCACUUUAGACUAUCAUCCAAGACAUGCGGUUAAGAGCAGAGCGUUGAAUGACAAGCAGACUCGAUUGUCCAAACACCCUGGAAAGUCUGAUGCAGCAUCUUCUGAAGCACCAAUGGAGAAGACUAGACCACAGUUAAUAAAGAAAGAACCCCUUGAUAAUCUUCCAGGAAAUGCUGAGUUAUCUUCUCCAACAGCAGAAGAUGGAAAGCCUCGCAGAAUGGGGACAAUGCCAACUUAUGGAUUUAGUUUCAAAUGUAAUGAGCGAGCUGAGAGAAGAAAAGAGUUUUACUCUAAGCUCGAGGAAAGGAUUCAUGCAAAGGAAGUGGAGGAGAGCAAUAUGCAAGCAAAAACAAAGGAGAGCCAAGAAGCUGAGAUUAGGAGGCUUAGGAAAAAACUAGCAUUUAAAGCAACUCCAAUGCCAAGCUUCUACCAGGAACCUCCUCCUUCUCGGGUGGAAUUGAAGAAGAUACCAACUACAAGAGCAAAAUCUCCCAAGCUUGGUCGUAAAAAGACUUCAACAUCUUCAGAGCUAGAAGGAAACACCAUAAGCAGUGCUCAACAAUGUCGUUUAAGUCUGGAUGAGAAACUAUCUCAGAAUAACCCCACCAAAGGAAUUAGUCCUGUUCACCCAAAGAAGCCACAACGGAAAUCUCUCCCCUCUCGACUGACUCCUGAAACUAUCUCAACUGUGCGGACUCCGUCUAAGGCGGUGAAUGACGAGAAAGCCUCCUUAUCUAGUGUUACAUCUGAUGUUACUGCCUUGUCUAUUGCAACAAAUGAAGAGAAACUUGAAGCAGCUGCAGCUAUUGAGGAGAACAAUGCCGCCUUAUCCGACGAGACAAGUGAAACUCCGUCCCUGAACAUAGAGCCAGGUGAAGUAGAAUCCCAUGCGAAUGGUGAUAUAGUCAUUGCAGACAAACCACAUCUCACCUUGGUACAAGAACCUAUAGCAGCAGAGUAUUAA